AUGCAUGAGAGAAUUGUCAAAUCAUUAUCUUCUGACGAAGCUGUUUGGGAUGCUAUUCUGAACAAUGAAGUUGUACGGGAACUUAGGGAGUCAAUAUCUGCAGAUGAAGCGCAUGUUCUUCCAGAUGGGACUGCUCACAGUGACUCCCUUACUACAAGAAAUGUGGUGUCGAUGUUUGUUACUGUCAAAGCCAAAUUCAUGGAAGUAAUUGAGAAAAUUACCAAGAUUGUGAACCAGUUGUUUCAACAUACUUAUCAGAAGAUAGGUGGAGGUGGAAAUGGCUCUGACUCUGAUAACCUCAAAGAAAAGCUGAAAGCUUGUUUAAUGCUUACCAUUAUGGUCCUGUUGGUUGCCAUGGUGAACCGUGCCAAUAGCUAG